UAUGUCUGGACGUGGCAAAGGAGGCAAAGGCCUGGGUAAAGGCGGCGCCAAGCGGCACCGCAAGGUGCUGCGCGACAACAUCCAGGGCAUCACCAAGCCCGCCAUCCGCCGCCUGGCCCGCCGCGGCGGCGUCAAGCGCAUCUCGGGUCUCAUCUACGAGGAGACCCGCGGCGUGCUCAAGGUCUUCCUGGAGAACGUCAUCCGCGACGCCGUCACCUACACGGAGCACGCCAAGCGCAAGACCGUCACCGCCAUGGACGUGGUCUACGCGCUCAAGCGCCAGGGACGCAAACACCCUACCACUCUUUACUUUACCUCAUCCAUAAUGGCUCGUACCAAGCAGACAGCUCGCAAGUCCACCGGCGGGAAAGCUCCCCGCAAGCAGCUGGCCACCAAGGCGGCCCGCAAGAGCGCGCCGGCCACGGGCGGCGUGAAGAAGCCGCACCGCUACCGGCCCGGCACGGUGGCGCUGCGCGAGAUCCGCCGCUACCAGAAGUCGACCGAGCUGCUGAUCCGCAAGCUGCCCUUCCAGCGCCUGGUGCGCGAGAUCGCGCAGGACUUCAAGACCGACCUGCGCUUCCAGAGCUCGGCCGUCAUGGCGCUGCAGGAGGCGUGCGAGGCCUACCUCGUGGGGCUCUUCGAGGACACCAACCUGUGCUUCGAGUCAGUCAUGUCUGGAAGAGGCAAAGGCGGAAAGGGCCUGGGUAAGGGCGGCGCCAAGCGGCACCGCAAGGUGCUGCGCGACAACAUCCAGGGCAUCACCAAGCCCGCCAUCCGCCGCCUGGCCCGCCGCGGCGGCGUCAAGCGCAUCUCGGGGCUCAUCUACGAGGAGACCCGCGGCGUGCUCAAGGUCUUCCUGGAGAACGUCAUCCGCGACGCCGUCACCUACACGGAGCACGCCAAGCGCAAGACCGUCACCGCCAUGGACGUGGUCUACGCGCUCAAGCGCCAGGGACGCACCCUCUACGGAUUCGGCGGCUAAGUUGUCACCC